AUGCAGAAUGAAUUCAUCCAAAUGCUGGCAGAUCAUGUCGAAAAAGGAAUUAUUCAGCAAGUCAAGGAUGCCCGAUACUAUGCAGUCAUUCUAGACUGCACACAAGAUUUUAGUCGUGUGGAGCAAAUGUCUCUUGUCGUUCGUUUUGUGGGAAGCAAAGGUGAAGCUGAAGAACAUUUUCUUGAUUUUAUGCCGGUUCAUGAGACAACGGGUGAAUCGCUGGCAGGAACGUUGCUGCAGAAGGUGGAAGACUUAGGACUUUCUUUGAGUAACUGCAGAGGACAAGGUUACGAUAACAGUUCAAAUAUACAAGGAAAAAAUUGCGGCGUUCAAGCUCGCCUUCUGCAACAGAAUCCACGAGCCUUCUUUGUGCCAUGCGGCUGUCACUCAUGGAAUCUUGUCUUAGGCGAUGCCGCUGCUGCUUCCAACAAAGCUGUUUUAUUCUUUGGUACUUUACAAAGAAUUUACACCCUUUUAUCGGCUUCACCAAGACGAUGGAAGCUUUUAACGGAUGCUGUUGGAUUCGUGGGUCUCACAGUCAAAGCUCUUUCGGAAACCCGCUGGGAAUGUUGGAUAGAAAGUGUGAAGGCUAUCCGGUGGCAGCUCCCCGACAUUGUUGACGUCCUGCAACAAGUCUCUACCACUCCCGGCGAUCCCAUGGCACAGAGCGAUGCAUCUUCCCUUUGCACCUUUCUGCAGUCUUUCGAGUUUAUUUUGUCAACUGUUGUGUGGCACGACAUUCUAUUCAAAGUCAACAUCAUGAGCAAAACAUGGCAAACACAUGGAAUCGAGAUGGAUGUAGCAGUCCAACAUAUUGAUGGCUUCCUUGAAUGGAUCCAGGAUUAUCGAGAACAUGGUUUCGCUGCUGCAGACACUACAGCUAAAGAAAUUGCCACGAGUAUGGAUGUUCCUUGCGAAUAUACGCCUGUUAAAAUUCGACGAAAGCGAAGACUGUUUGAUUAUGAAGGUGAAGAUUCCGCAACACAUACCCCACGAGAACUGUUCAAAACAGACUAUUUCCUACGCGUAAUUGAUUCCAUAAGUCAAUCUGUGAAGGAACGUUUUGAUCUACUGAAAGCAUUCUUUCGUGGUUUCGAUUCUCACUAA